GUCUUUGUUCUGGAUGCAUCUGUUCUUCCUCAAGUUCAGUCAUUUGGCCAGAAAUCAGCAAAAGAAUCAUCACUACUUGACACUAAAAUGCCAGUCCCAAGGAAAAGAACUACUAUGCUAUGGGAUAGGAGCUUAGAAGAUGUGAUUGAAGAUGAUGAGGAACAGCACAUGUCAAGAGAAGAAGCAUUGCAGCAACAUGAAGCUAAUCAAGUUUGUAUGGGAAAAGAAAACUAUAUGGAACGAGAACGGCUUGAAGAGGAUACUGAAAGACGUCUGGAAAUCUUCAAGGAACUUGUAAAGGAUUAUAUUGAAAACACAGAUGAAGGAUAUAAAGACAGGCCUGGCAGUGAGCAAGCUGAACCUCCUGGUACUUUUACCUUUAAUGAAAACCAUAGCAUUGGGCCUGGUGCCUACACUGAUCUUGAGGGCGUUAUUGCUUCUCUGCAGGAUGAUGUUGCGGAUAUCAAAAAGCAAGCAGAAGAAGCACACAAGUACAUUGGGAACCUAGAGAAACAACAGAAAGCUAUAGCUUGGCUUGAGAAAGAACUGGGAAAAACUACCACUGAGCUAACUAAGACCAAAGAAGAGCUGGCAAUGAAAAGCAAGGAACUAAUCAAAGCUGAAGGAGAGCUGGCAAAGAAAAGCAAGGACAUUCAAACACAGAUGAUAAAAUUAGCUGAGACGUCUGAGCAGCUUAAAGAAGCAGCUGAGAAAAUGAAUACACAGAAUGAAAGGACUGAAGUACUAAUGGACACUGCGGAGCAAAAAGAUGAUGCUAUUAUGAGACUACAAGAUUUGAUAUCCCUUUUUGAAGAAACCAUAAAAGACUAU